UGAACGGACUGUACACGAGGCGGCGAGACGCUGUGCGCGGUACUUUGCUGUCACAGAAAACGGGAUAAAAGCGCAUAUAGGCUAGUUAUAAAGCGUCCUGUGUGUUUGCUGAUUGGCUGAAACGUGACCGCUCUGCCCACCGCGUGCACAUAUAACAGGUGCACAGGCUCGCGCUACUCAGGUGUCCCAGUCCGUCAGCACCCGAGGGCACGCGCGGGCGAGGAAAUCACAGAACUGCUUAGAUAUCAUUUAAAAUAACGCAAAGUUCAUGGCUGCCCCCGCACACAGCAGCUGCGUGUGGAUGCUGCUUCUGGGCGCGUGCGUGUCGAUGGUGGUUGGAAUGGACUGCGGGAAGGAGUGCGCACUGUGUGUGUACCGUCUGCUGGGACAGCAGUCUGGUUUCUCCUCCCUGGCAUGCUCACUUGAGUGCGAUGGUGGACUGGACAGCCAGAAGCUCCGCCAGUGCCGGGACUUCUUACUGGAGGAAAAAAAACACAUUCGUCUAGAUGCUGACCCCGGUCAGGGACAGGAGGCAGCUGGCACCACGAGGGCUGAUGAUGAGGAAGCAACAUCACCAGAGCACCAGCUAGCCAAGAAGUACGGUGGCUUCAUGAAGCGCUAUGGUGGUUUCAUGUCUCGCCGCUCCUCCUCUCCAGAGGAAGCACUAGAGGAUCCUGGAAACCAGGAUGAGGAAGAAAAUGUUCGCCUGGAGAUCCUGAAGAUCCUUAAUUCAGCUGCCGAGAGCGGUGGUGAGGGGGAUGAUCAGGGAGGUGAGGUUAUAAAGAGGUACGGAGGCUUUAUGCGUCGGGCUGAAGGAGGGGUGGAGCACAGCAACAUGCUGGAGGCGGUUUUAGGCCGUGGGCUCAAGAAGCGCUAUGGUGGGUUCAUGAGGCGUGUUGGCAGGCCUGAGUGGCUAGUGGACAGCAGCAAGGGUGGGGGGGUAUUGAAACGGGCCUGGGAGGAUGGCAGCGAGCUACAGAAGAGGUAUGGAGGGUUUAUGGACUAGGACACUACAGUUAUGACCCUUUGAUCUGCUCAUCCCUCCAACCCCCUCUGUUCAACCAAUCACCUUGUAGUCUGGACUUGUUGCUGUUUGAAUCAACUCCUCUGCUAAUUGCAUUGCAUCAUUUGGCUUUGUAUACCGUGCUGCUCCCUACUUCACUGGUUCGUCCGGUUCUACAAUGAUAAAAAGAUGAACAUACAUUAUUCCGCUGUAAACAAAUCAUUUUGGUCUGUUUCUGGUUUUCAUGAAUAUGUUAUUUAUUAAAAGAAUCUGUUGAUCAA